AUGGAUGGUAGUACAACUAAUCUAGUAGUGUCAAAUCUCACUGACACAGUUAGUUUUUGUGCGAAACGUAGAAAGGUUAUUCACAAGACAGAAAUUGACUAUGAACCUCUGAAUAAAUGGUGGGAAAGACCAGCUAAAGAUGAAUCAAGCAUUCAAUGGGAUUAUUUAGAACACAAUGGUGUGAUGUUUGCACCUCCAUAUCAAGCACACAAAGUACCACUUAUUUAUGAUGGGAAAGAGAUUGAGUUACCAAAUGAAUCGGAAGAGAUCGCAACUUAUUGGGCUCAAAUUUUAGAUACUGAAUGGUCUUCCAAAGAAAGGUUUGUAAAGAAUGCUAAGGAAGCUUUCAUUAGCUCAAUUCCCAAAGGUCAUAUUUUGUACAAAAAUUGUAAUUGGGAUAAGUGUGACUUUUCUUUAAUAAAAGAGCACUUUGAUGAAGAGAAGGAGCGCAAAAAAAAUAUGAAUAAAGAACAAAAGGAACAACAAAAGAGAAUAAAGAAUGAAAGUGAAUCACCAUAUAUUUAUGCAUUAGUUGAUUGGAUAAAAGAAAAAGUUGGUAAUUUUAGAAUAGAACCUCCAGGGCUCUUUAGAGGACGUGGAGAACAUCCCAAGUCUGGGAUGCUUAAAAAAAGAAUAUUCUCCGAAGAAGUAACAUUAAAUGUUGCCGAAGAUGCUCCGGUACCAAAAGUUGAUUCAAGUAUAAUUGGACAUGCUUGGAAAGAUGUUUUUCAUGAUAGUAAUGUAACCUGGUUAGCAUAUUAUAAAGACAGUAUUAAUAAUCAGUUUAAGUACAUUUUUUUAUCGGCAUCAAGUGGAUUUAAAGGGAUGAGUGAUUAUAACAAAUAUGAGAAGGCAAGAAAACUCAAGAAUUUUAUCCAUGCUAUACGUGAUGACUAUAACAAAAAGAUGAAAAGUAAUGAUAUUAUUCACAGACAAUUAGGAACUGCUACUUAUUUGAUAGACUUUUUAGCUUUAAGAGUGGGAGGAGAAAAGGAUAUUGAGGAAGAAGCAGAUACUGUAGGUUGUUGUUCUUUGAGAGUAGAACAUAUUUCCUUUAAUGAAGACAGCAAGUCAAUAACAUUGGAUUUUCUGGGUAAGGACUCUAUUAGAUAUUUCAAUACUGUCUGCAUUGAUGCAGCAGCUUUUUACAAUUUAAUGCUGUUCUGUAAGAACAAGGAAAAACAUGAAAAUGUUUUUGAUCAAAUAAAUAUGAGUUCUUUAAACCAAUAUUUAAAAUCUAUAAUGCCGGAACUUUCUGCUAAAGUAUUCCGUACAUUCAAUGCUUCAAUUACUUUAGAAAGAGAACUACUAAAACUUAGAAGUUUGACUAAUUUCAGUAAUCAAACCACAAAGUCCAACCUUGACUUGGUUAAGAAUGAAUUUGGAAUAAAGAGUGAUGAUAUAAAACAAGACGAUCUAUUAAGAUCAAAUUUAAACAAUAUUGUAGAUAUUACAAAUGUAAAUGAUAUUUUACGUUUUUAUAAUGAUGCAAAUAGAGAAGUUGCUAUUUUAUGUAAUCAUCAAAGGUCUAUCCCAAAACAACAUGAAUCUUCUAUGGAAAAGCUCUUGAAACAACAAUUGGAGCUUCAAGAAGAUCUGAAAAUAUGUGAGGUAUAUUUAAGAUUGUUGAAAAAGAAUCCUAACAAGUCAAUUACAUUAAAAGAUCUUCCAAAAUUAUCUACUGAAACUUCUUUCAAUGGAAAACCACGCAAAUUUCCUAUAAACUUGAGUUCAAACUCAGAAAUUAUACAGAAAAAGCUGGAUUCCAUAAAAACAAAAUUAUCUAAUCUGGAAUUAAAAAUAAAAAUAAAGGAUGAUAAUAAGACAGUAUCUCUAAAUACUUCGAAGUUAAAUUAUAUGGAUCCGAGGAUAUCUGUAGCAUUUUGUAAAAAAUAUGAAUUGCCAAUUGACAAAGUAUUCAAUAGGAGCCUCCGAACAAAGUUUCCUUGGGCUAUGUAUACUAGAUCUGAUUUUUCAUUUUAG